AAAAAAAAGUUUGCAGAAUGUCCCACACCGAAAAAAAAAAAAAAUCCGAAACCGAGCGAAAAAAACCUGCGAGUGGGCCUGGCGGAUGGGAUUAUUAAAGCUUCGCCGGAGCCGAGGCUCGCCCUCCCACUCCGCCAGCCUCCGGGAGAGGAGCCGCGCCCGGCCCGCCCGGCCCCCAGCCCCAUGGACCUCCGAGCAGGGGACUCGUGGGGGAUGCUCGCGUGCCUGUGUGCCGUGCUCUGGCACCUCCCUGCAGUGCCAGCCCUCAACCGCACAGGGGACCCGGGGCCUGGCCCCUCCAUCCAGAAAACCUAUGACCUCACCCGCUACCUGGAGCACCAGCUCCGCAGCUUGGCCGGGACCUAUCUGAACUACCUGGGCCCCCCUUUCAACGAGCCUGACUUCAACCCACCUCGGCUGGGGGCGGAGACUCUGCCCAGGGCCACUGUCAACCUGGAGGUGUGGCGAAGCCUCAACGACAGACUGCGGCUGACCCAGAACUACGAGGCCUACAGCCACCUCCUGUGCUACUUGCGUGGCCUCAACCGCCAGGCCGCCACGGCCGAGCUGCGCCGCAGCCUGGCCCACUUCUGCACCAGCCUCCAGGGCCUGCUGGGCAGCAUCGCGGGUGUCAUGGCAGCUCUGGGCUACCCGCUGCCCCAGCCUCUGCCCGGGACUGAGCCCACCUGGACCCCUGGCCCUGCCCACAGUGACUUCCUCCAGAAGAUGGAUGACUUCUGGCUGCUGAAGGAGCUGCAGACCUGGCUGUGGCGCUCGGCCAAGGACUUCAACCGGCUCAAGAAGAAGAUGCAGCCUCCGGCAGCUGCAGUCACCCUGCACCUGGAGGCCCAUGGCUUCUGAUCCCUGACCUUUACCACCGUCUCUUUCCCCUCCCCCUUCAAGCCCUGCUCCCACUCUGGGAGGGAGAAACGCGUACACCAACACUUGUUGAGCCAGGAGACAGAAGCCAUGAGCCUCUAGCCCUCCCUGGACUGGGAGGAGGGUGUGAUGCAAUAAGGCCCAUCCCCUCCCCGCUUCCCUAAGUCCUACGGGUCUGGGGAAGAGGUGCAAUAGGCCCCAUCCCAUUUCCACAGGACGUGAUGCUCAAGGGAGCCCACAAUGGUUCAAGUUGGUGCAAGGCUCUCACAGCUUCCUGCUCCCUGCCCACCACUUGCCAGUGCCCACCCAGCCCCUCAAGUGGCACUGCCAGGAAGCGUGCCUGGAGGGCAGGGAGGGGGCCACCAUCGCACGUGCCUUUCUGGGGUGAAGCCCUUUGGCUGCCCUGCUCUCCUUAGAUGGGUGUUGCUCCCCUACCCCCAAAUAACUCAACACAUCCAAUUCAGGAAACAAACACAGUGGCAAGUCCAAACAGGAAGAGAUGGGAUCAAAAAUGGAAGAGGUGGGAUCUGCAUUGGAGGUAAUACUGAAAGCAGAGGGGCAGGGACAGACUGGACCCAGGGGUCCCCAAGGCAGUCGGUGGCACAGGGUGGCAACCAAAAGGACAUUGCCUUGAAUUUUCUUGCCAGCCCCAGGGUGCCUCCUCUCCGCCCCCUUUCCCAGGGUAUCUGUGGGUUGCCCAGGCUGGGGAGGGCAGCCAUAGCCACAGCCACAGAACUUCCUGAAAGUUUACAUUGCAGUAGCAUUUCGGGGUGCGGGGGGCAGCUCCCCCAGGCCCUGCCCCCCAGCCCCACCCACUCAUGACUCUAAGUUUGUUGUAUUAAUAUUUAUUUAUUUGGAGAUGUUAUUUAUUAGAUGAUAUUUAUUGCAGAAUUUCUAUUCUUGUAUUAACAAAUAAAAUGCUUGCC